AUGGCAGAACCCAAGCCCAACCCCGCCGACCACUUAGCAGAACCCAAGCCCAUCCCCGCCGAUGACUUAGCAGAACCCAAGCCCAUCCCUGUCCACAACGCCUUAGCAGAACCUAAGCCCAUCCCCGCCGACGACUUAGCAGAACCCAAGCCCAUCCCUGUCCACAACGCCUUAGCAGAACCUAAGCCCAUCCCUGUCCACAACGCCUUAGCAGAACCUAAGCCCAUCCCUGUCCACAGCACCUUAGCAGAACCCAAGCCCAUCCCUGUCCACAACAUCUUAACAGAACCCAAGCCCAUCCCUGUCCACAACGCCUUAGCAGAACCUAAGCCCAUCCCUGUCCACAACGCCUUAGCAGAACCUAAGCCCAUCCCUGUCCACAGCACCUUAGCAGAACCCAAGCCCAUCCCUGUCCACAACACCUUAACAGAACCCAAGCCCAUCCCUGUCCACAGCACCUUAGCAGAACCCAAGUCCAUCCCUGUCCACAGCACCUUAGCAGAACCCAAGCCCUUCCCUAACCCAAGCCCAUUCCCCGUCAACAACGCCUUAGCAGAACCCAAGCCCAUCCCCGCCGACCACUUAGCAGAACCCAAGCCCAUCCCCGCCGAUGACUUAGCAGAACCCAAGCCCAUCCCUGUCCACAACGCCUUAGCAGAACCUAAGCCCAUCCCCGCCGACGACUUAGCAGAACCCAAGCCCAUCCCUGUCCACAACGCCUUAGCAGAACCUAAGCCCAUCCCUGUCCACAACGCCUUAGCAGAACCUAAGCCCAUCCCUGUCCACAGCACCUUAGCAGAACCCAAGCCCAUCCCUGUCCACAACAUCUUAACAGAACCCAAGCCCAUCCCUGUCCACAACGCCUUAGCAGAACCUAAGCCCAUCCCUGUCCACAACGCUAAAUUAGCAGAACCUAAGCCCAUCCCUGUCCACAGCAGGUUAAAGCAGAAUUUCACCUUAGCAGAACCCAAGUCCAUCCCUGUCAACAACGCCUUAGCAGAACCCAAGCCCUUCCCUGUCCACAACACGUUAACAGAACCCAAGCCCAUCCCUGUCCACAACACGUUAACAGAACCCAAGCCCAUUCCCCCAGAACCUAAGCCCAUCCCUGUCCACAGCACCUUAGCAGAACCCAAGCCCAUCCCUGUCCACAACACCUUAACAGAACCCAAGCCCAUCCCUGUCCACAGCACCUUAGCAGAACCCAAGUCCAUCCCUGUCCACAGCACCUUAGCAGAACCCAAGCCCUUCCCUGUCCACAACACGUUAACAGAACCCAAGCCCAUCCCUGUCCACAACACGUUAACAGAACCCAAGCCCAUUCCCCCAGAACCCAAGCCCAUCCCUGUCCACAACGCCUUAGCAGAACCUAAGCCCAUCCCUGUCCACAACGCCUUAGCAGAACCUAAGCCCAUCCCUGUCCACAGCACCUUAGCAGAACCCAAGCCCAUCCCUGUCCACAACAUCUUAACAGAACCCAAGCCCAUCCCUGUCCACAACGCCUUAGCAGAACCUAAGCCCAUCCCCGCCGACCACUUAGCAGAACCCAAGCCCAUCCCCGCCGAUGACUUAGCAGAACCCAAGCCCGUCCCUGUCCACAACGCCUUAGCAGAACCUAAGCCCAUCCCCGCCGACGACUUAGCAGAACCCAAGCCCAUCCCUGUCCACAACGCCUUAGCAGAACCUAAGCCCAUCCCUGUCCACAACGCCUUAGCAGAACCUAAGCCCAUCCCUGUCCACAGCACCUUAGCAGAACCCAAGCCCAUCCCUGUCCACAACAUCUUAACAGAACCCAAGCCCAUCCCUGUCCACAACGCCUUAGCAGAACCUAAGCCCAUCCCUGUCCACAACGCCUUAGCAGAACCUAAGCCCAUCCCUGUCCACAGCACCUUAGCAGAACCCAAGCCCAUCCCUGUCCACAACACCUUAACAGAACCCAAGCCCAUCCCUGUCCACAGCACCUUAGCAGAACCCAAGUCCAUCCCUGUCAACAACGCCUUAGCAGAACCCAAGCCCUUCCCUGUCCACAACACGUUAACAGAACCCAAGCCCAUCCCUGUCCACAACACGUUAACAGAACCCAAGCCCAUUCCCCAUCUAUCCACUGCCUGCGACAUCGUGAACCAUCAGAUCCUCCUCUCCCCCUUCUCAGGGCUCAGCUUCUCAGGCUCUGCACACUCUUGGAUUUUAUCCUACCUGGCAGGCCGCUCCUACCAGGGGACGUGGAGAGGAUCUGUGUCUGCACCACAUACUCUCACUACUGGUGUCCCCCAGGACUUGGUGGCGACACGCAUCUCUGCGUGCCUGGCAGAUAUCUCAAUUUGGAUCUCGGCCCACCACCUGAAGCACAACCUCGACAAGACGGAGCUGCUCUUCCUCGUGGGGAAGGCCUUCCAUUUUCAAGACCUCUCCAUCUUGGUUGACAACUCCACGGUGUCCCCCCUCCCAGAGUGUAAACAACCUUGGCGUGACCCUUGA